AGUCAUUGAUGCGAAUCCAAACGAUUGAAAUAUCUCAUUAACCGUCCAUAUAUCCCUGAAACAAGCCAAAAAAUCCUCAAAUAAAACCAACAAAAACUCAUCGGUAGAUAGUUAAACCCCUCCCCCUCACUGGCCGCAGUCCCCAUUCUCCAUGUGCCAAUUAACAUUACCGACUAACGGAUACGCUACCCACGUGCCCGCCGCCUCCGGAUCGGAUCCUCCGCGUCACUAUCACUAUCAUCAUCACCUAUCAACUCACUAUCGUCCCCAUACUAUCCACCAUCCAACACAACCUCUACUCAUCUCCUAUCCAUUAUCUACACUCAAUACCAUUCAUCCUUAACGAUAGAUUAACCCAUCCACACCAACCCACCAAUCACCCCAUCUAUCCUCAAGUCCACUCCAUCCACCAUCCAAACCUUCCCCGCACGAACCCACUACCACCCAACAACCAACCAGGAACAUAACAAGAUGGGCAACAUCUGCUCCAAAUCCAAAAACCAACCCGACGCCUUCUCCUCCCCCGGCCGUGUUCUCGGCUCCGCCCCGAACAACACAGCAAAAGAUUCCUCCGCCCCGCGCGCCCCGCUCCCAUCUAACGCCAAACCCGCCUCUAACUGGGGUUCUGGACCCUCCGGACGGACAUUAGGGUCGGGGAAUACUGCUGCUGCUGCUGCUGGGGAAGGGAAUGCGACUGCAGAUGCGAGGACGAAUGCCGCGUUGGCGGCGCAGAAACGAGCCGAGUCCGCAUCCGCAACUGGGAGCAAAGGAAAGCUGGGCACCAAGCUAGCAGCGCAGAAGGCGCAGACGCAGAAUCAGACGCUGAAUGAAGCUAGUCGGGAUGAGGUGGCUGCCAGGGAGGCGGAUGGGGCGGCGGAGGCGAGGAGGUGGCAGUAGAAUUUUGAUCUCUUCUACUACUAUGUAUCUGUACGUGGGUGGGGGCUUGUUGUUUUAGUUGCGUGGUGUUGAUUUAUUUAUGGUUGUAUGAGUGAGCGGUUUAGCGGGAUUUAUUCCUAUUUCUUGCAGUUUGUUA